GAAGGCAACCUCUGAAUCGUUCCAUCAGCCCCUGAAUCGUUCAUGUUCUCGGCCUUCCCCCGUUCCCCAUAUCGGACGACUAUUCCACGAUUGUCCUCUGUUGCUCUCUCACCGAUCGUCUCUUCAUCUCGGGCUUCUUCAAGAUCGAAAGCAUAGCUCUGGGAGAAUAGAAAAGAAAGAUAAGGGAAUAUGAAUCACAACCAGCAAUUGAAUGAAGUUAAACAUGAGGAUGAAAGUGCACUCACAGAUUUUCUUGCCUCUUUAAUAGACUACACUCCAACUAUUCCUGAUGAACUGGUCGAACAUUACUUGGCCAAAAGCGGGUUUCAAUGUCCAGAUGUUCGACUAAUCAGGCUAGUUGCAGUUGCCACUCAAAAGUUCGUUUCAGAGGUCGCUACUGAAGCUCUUCAGCAAUGCAAGGCAAGACAGGCAACCGUUGUCAGGGACAAGAAAGAUAAGCAGCAAAGGGAUAAGCGUCUAAUCAUGAACAUGGAUGACCUCUCCAAGGCUCUUCAAGAGUAUGGUGUAAAUGCUAAGCAUCAAGAGUAUUUUGCGGACAGCCCUUCUGCUGGAAUGGAAUCUGCUCCAAGAGAUGAAUAAUAUCAUUUUCAUAGGUGUGUUUCAGCAUAUUUUAAGCAUUCUACCAAAUGUUUAAAACACUACGAUCCUGAUUGUUAAUUUAUGCUCUACAACAUGAAUUUACAUUCUUGACAUUUAAAAACCUCCAACAAAUUAAACGGGUGUUCGGUUCA